AACAAAAAGAAAAGAGUCGUUAGCUCAUGUGAAGAUUUUACGUAUUUUUUAAGUUAUAUCGCAUUUAAAAACUUAUGGUGCAGUGAAUUUGUCAAUUUUGCCCCCUAUUUAUAAGCUUGUACAGUUUAUUUAUAUAUUUGAACAGAAGUUUUGAAGUUGUUUGCUACUCAGGCAAUCUGAUCGUCGGGCGUCGACCGGUCCUCCCUCCUCGUCUACCCGCCCGUAACCGCCGUCGCCGCGGCCUGUCAGUCGUUGUCGUCAUUUUGUGUGCAACAGUGCCGUGCAAGUCACGGCUACGCGAGGGAAAAAACAAAUCGACUUGCGGGGUGCGCCUGCAUUCUAUGCAACGUUGCCAGUAGUGUUGUGAGCUGAAGUGUCGGUCGGCGCGACCGUUUAAUGUGGUAUACAGUGCCGGUGUUAGGUUAUCGUGAGUCGCGGCGCGCGGCGUGAUCGGCGCGAUGGUUGACAUGGAUAGGAACGACCCGGAGCUGCGGUACCUGUCGGUGGACCGCAACAGUUUCAACGACCCGGCCACGCAGGCGGAAUGGACGCAGAAGCGGCUGGUGUGGGUGCCCCACGAGACGCAGGGCUUCGUGGCGGCCGGCAUCAAGGGCGACCGCGGGGACGAGGUCGAGGUGGAGAUCGCCGAGUCCGGCAAGCUCAUGCUGGUCCAGAUAGAUGACAUACAGAAGAUGAACCCGCCCAAGUUCGACAAGGUGGAGGACAUGGCCGAGCUCACCUGCCUCAACGAGGCCUCCGUGCUGCACAACAUCAAGGACAGAUACUACUCCGGACUCAUCUAUACAUACUCGGGCCUUUUCUGCGUGGUGGUGAACCCUUACAAGAAGCUGCCGAUCUACACGGAGAAGAUCAUGGAGCGGUACAAGGGCAUCAAGAGACAUGAGGUGCCUCCGCACGUGUUCGCCAUCACGGAUACUGCCUACCGCUCUAUGCUGCAAGACCGCGAGGACCAGUCGAUCCUCUGCACAGGAGAGUCCGGCGCCGGCAAGACGGAGAACACCAAGAAGGUGAUCCAGUACCUCGCGUACGUCGCCGCCUCCAAGCCCAAGGGAUCUGCGGGUCCCACACCGGCGCUGAUCAUAGGUGAAUUGGAACAGCAACUGCUGCAAGCCAACCCCAUCUUGGAAGCCUUCGGUAACGCAAAAACCGUCAAAAACGACAACUCAUCCCGAUUUGGUAAAUUCAUCCGCAUAAACUUCGACGCGUCCGGCUACAUAGCUGGCGCGAACAUCGAGACGUACCUGCUGGAGAAGUCUCGAGCCAUCAGACAGGCCAAGGACGAGCGGACCUUCCACAUCUUCUACCAGCUCCUGGCCGGCGCCACGCCCGAGCAGAAGGCCGAGUACAUUAUAGAGGAUGCUAAGAGCUACCCGUUCCUGUCGAGUGGGGCUGUGCCGGUGCCAGGUAUCGACGACGUGGCCGAGUUCCAGGCCACCAUCAAGUCCAUGAACAUAAUGGGCAUGAACAUCGAGGACUUCAACUCGAUCUUCCGCAUCGUGUCGGCCGUGCUGCUGUUCGGCUCCAUGCAGUUCAAGCAGGAGCGCAACUCGGACCAGGCCACGCUGCCCGAUAACACUGUUGCACAGAAGAUUGCGCACUUGUUGGGUCUCUCAGUAACCGAAAUGACGAAGGCCUUCCUCAAGCCGCGCAUCAAGGUCGGACGAGACUUCGUGACGAAAGCCCAGACCAAGGAACAGGUGGAAUUCUCCGCCGAAGCCAUCGGCAAGGCUUGCUACGAGCGCCUAUUCCGCUGGCUGGUCAACCGCAUCAACCGCUCUCUCGACCGCACCAAGAGGCAAGGAGCCUCGUUCAUUGGCAUCCUCGAUAUGGCAGGGUUCGAGAUCUUCGAACUGAACUCCUUCGAACAACUCUGCAUCAACUACACGAACGAAAAGCUGCAGCAACUGUUCAACCACACCAUGUUUAUACUCGAACAGGAGGAGUAUCAGAGGGAGGGUAUCGAGUGGAAGUUUAUUGAUUUCGGACUGGAUCUGCAGCCGACAAUCGACCUCAUUGACAAGCCCAUGGGUAUCAUGGCUUUGUUGGAUGAGGAGUGCUGGUUCCCCAAAGCUACAGACAAAACCUUUGUGGAAAAGCUGGUGUCCGCCCAUUCUGUUCACCCUAAGUUUAUGAAGACAGACUUCCGUGGCGCGUCCGACUUCGCCAUCAUUCACUACGCGGGUAAAGUGGAUUACUCAGCUGCUCAGUGGUUGAUGAAGAACAUGGACCCUCUGAACGAAAACGUGGUUUCGUUGCUCCAGUCCUCUCAGGAUCCCUUCGUGUGCCACAUCUGGAAGGACGCCGAGAUCGUGGGCAUGGCGCAGCAAGCCAUGACCGACACGCAGUUCGGAGCGAGAACCCGCAAGGGAAUGUUCAGAACCGUCUCCCAACUAUACAAGGAGCAACUGACCAAGCUGAUGGCAACUCUACGCAAUACCAACCCCAACUUCGUCAGAUGUAUCAUUCCUAACCACGAGAAGCGAGCGGGGAAAAUCGAAGCGCCAUUAGUGUUGGACCAGCUCCGUUGCAAUGGUGUGCUUGAGGGCAUCCGUAUUUGCAGACAAGGGUUCCCCAACAGGAUACCCUUCCAAGAGUUCAGACAGCGAUACGAGCUCCUCACCCCCAACAUCAUCCCUAAAGGCUUCAUGGAUGGCAAGAAAGCCUGCGAGCAAAUGAUUGAGGCUUUGGAACUUGAUCAUAACUUGUACAGAGUCGGUCAGUCCAAGAUUUUCUUCCGUGCCGGGGUGCUGGCCCACUUGGAAGAGGAGAGGGACUAUAAGAUCACGGAUCUAAUAGUGAACUUCCAGGCCUUCUGCCGAGGGUACAUGGCCCGGAGGAACUACCAGAAGAGGCUGCAACAGCUCAACGCGAUCCGGAUCAUACAGAGGAAUUGCGCUGCGUACUUAAAGCUCAGGAAUUGGCAGUGGUGGAGGUUGUAUAUAAAGGUGAAACCCCUGCUAGAAGUGACGAAGCAAGAAGAAAAACUAACCCAGAAGGAGGACGAGCUCCGGCAGAUCCGGGACAAGCUGGACACGCAGAUGAAGCGCUGCCAGGAGUACGAGCAGAAGUUCCAGCAGGCCAGCGCUGAGAAGACACAGCUUGCCGAGCAGCUGCAGGCGGAACUCGAACUGUGCGCCGAAGCAGAAGAAAGCCGCGCCCGCGCCGCCGCGCGCAAACAAGAGCUAGAAGAGUUGCUGCACGACCUCGAGGGGAGAAUUGAAGAGGAGGAAGAGAGGUGUAACGCACUGCAGCAGGAGAAGAAGAGACUGCAGCUGAAUAUACAGGACCUAGAAGAGCAGCUCGAAGAAGAGGAAGCAGCUCGCCAGAAGCUGCAGCUGGAGCGCGUGCAGUGCGACGCCAAGCUCAAGAAGUUAGAAGAAGACCUGGCCCUUAGUGAGGAUACUAACCAAAAACUGGGGAAGGAGAAGAAGAUACUAGAAGAGCGUGCGAACGACCUCUCGCAAGCUCUAGCGGAGGAGGAAGAGAAGGCGAAGCACCUCAGCAAGCUCAAGGCCAAGCAGGAGGGCGCCAUCGCCGAGCUAGAAGAGAAAUUGCUCAAGGACCACCAAUUACGCCAAGAGGCGGACCGCUCCAAGCGCAAGCUGGAGACAGAGCUGCAGGACGUGCGCGAGCAGCUGGCCGAGCGCAGGGCGCAGCUCGACGAGCUGCAGACUGUACUCACGAAACGCGAAGAAGAACUAGCCGCAGCCGUGGCUCGAGCCGACGAAGAAGGCGCAUUACGUGCCGCCGCCCAGAAGGCCGCCCGAGAAGCCGAGUCCGCCCUGGCUGACGCCCACGAGGACUUAGAAGCCGAGAGGGCGGCUAGAACCAAGGCUGAGAAGCUGAAGAGGGAUUUGAACGAGGAGUUGGAAGCGCUGAAGAGCGAGUUGUUGGACUCGCUGGAUACUACUGCUGCCCAGCAAGAGCUCCGCUCCAAACGCGAACAAGAAGUCGCCGUCCUCAAACGAAGCAUCGAAGAGGAAGCUGUCACACACGAGGCGGCGCUCACGGACCAGAGACACAAGCACUCGCAGGAGCUGCAGCAGCUCAUGGAGCAGCACGAGCAGAUCAAGAAGGCCAAGGCUGGCCUAGAGAAAGCGAAGCAGAGUCUGGAAGCGGAGAACGCGGACCUCGCCACAGAGCUGAAGAGCGCGGCGGCCGCCCGCGCCGACGGCGAGCGCCGCCGGAAGCAGGCUGAAGCACAGCUGGCGGAGAUAGCGGCUAAGUUGCAUGAGAUUGAACGCUCUAAAGUGGAGAUCCAAGAGAAGUGCGUCCGUCUACAGAGCGAGGCCGAGACAGCUCUGCAACAACUUGAACAGGCGGAACUCAAGGCUUCUGCCGCGGGCAAGCAAGCCGGUACUAUCGGCGCUCAACUCACCGAGGCUCAGGCCCUCCUAGAAGAAGAGACGAAACAGAAGCUAGCUCUCCAGACCAAGCUGCGUAAUGUGGAGCAGCAGCUGGAGCAGGCCAAGGACCAGUUGGACGAGGAGGAGGAGGCCAAGGCCAACUUCGAGAAGCAGGUGGUAGCCCUGACCCUGCAAGUGGCUGACGCCAAGAAGAAGGCGGAAGAAGAGGCGGAGGCGGCGGCGGCGUUGGAGGAGCAGCGCAAGAAGCUCAGCAAGGACAUCGAGGCGCUGCACCGGCAGAUCGACGAGCUGCAGCAGGCCAACGACAAGCUGGACAAGAGCAAAAAGAAGAUCCAGGCGGAGCUGGAGGACACGAACAUCGAGCUGGAGGCGCAGCGCGGGAAGGUCAUGGAGCUCGAGAAGAAGCAGAAGAGCUUCGACAAGGUUGUUGCGGAAGAGCGGGCAGUAGCUGAGCGGUACGCAGCCGAACGAGACCAGGCGGAGCGCGAGGCGAGGGAGAAGGAGACUCGCGUGCUCUCACUCACUCGCGAGCUGGACGACGCCGCCGAGAAGAUCGAAGAACUAGAACGCAGCAAACGCCUCCUCCAAUCAGAGCUGGACGAGCUCGCCAACACGCAAGGCACCGCCGACAAGAACGUCCACGAGUUAGAGAAAGCAAAGAGGGCGCUAGAGUCGCAACUGGCGGAACUGAAGGCGCAGAAUGAGGAGAUUGAAGACGAUCUGCAGUUGACUGAAGACGCCAAGUUGAGGUUGGAGGUUAACAUGCAGGCGAUGCGCGCGCAGUUUGAGAGGGAUCUGCAGGCUAAAGAAGAGCAAGGCGAGGAGAAGCGGCGCGGCAUAGUCAAGCAACUUCGCGACUUAGAAGCGGAGUUAGAAGAGGAGAGGAAGCAGCGCGCCGCCGCCGUCGCGCUGCGCAAGAAGAUGGAGGCCGAGCUGAAGGAUGAUGAGCAAGCACUGCAUCUAGCCAACAAGGUGAAAGAAGACGCGCUGAAGCAAGUGAAGAAGCUGCAGCUGCAGCUCAAAGAGUCUCUUCGCGAGGGCGAGGAGGCGCGCGCCGCCCGCGACGAGGCCGCCGCCACCGCAAGAGACGCCGAGCGUCGCGUUAAGGUUCUGGAGGCAGAAGCGAUGCAGCAGGCCGAGGAGCUGUCCGCGAGCGAGCGCGCGCGGCGCCAGGCCGAGGCGGAGCGCGACGAGCUGCUGGACGAGGUCAACAACACCAGCAGCAAGGGCACCCUCCUCAUCGACGAGAAGAAGCGUCUGGAGGCGCGGAUAGCGGCGCUGGAGGAGGACCUGGACGAGGAGCAGUCCAACAACGAGAUCCUCAACGACCGGCUCAGGAAGUCACAGAACCAAAUCGACCAGCUCACCAUGGAGCUGGGCACGGAGAAGUCGGGCACGCAGAAGCUGGAGAGCGGCAAGCUGGUGCUGGAGCGCCAGAACAAGGAGCUCAAGGCCAAGCUGGCCGAGCUGGAGACCGCCACCAGGACGAAGACCAAGAGCAUGAUAACAUCGCUCGAGCUGAAGGUGGCCAACCUCGAGGAGCAACUAGAAGCGGAGUCCCGCGAGCGCCUCGCGCAGCAGAAGGCCAACCGCAAGAUGGACAAGAAGAUGAAGGAGCUGGCGCUGCAGCUGGAUGAAGAGCGGCGUCAUGCCGACCAGUACAAGGAACAGAUUGAGAAGAUGAACAACCGCGUGAAAGCGCUCAAGCGUCAGCUGGACGAGGUGGAGGAGGAGGUGCAGCGCGAGAAGGUCGGCAAGAGGAAGGCGCAGCGCGAGCUGGAGGACAUCCUCGAGACGCACGAGACCCUGUCGCGGGAGUGCACCAACCUGAGGAACAAGCUCAGAAGGCAAGGCGCCCCGAUCGGCCUGUCUGGCUCGUCCACGUCAUCGCGGCUAAAGCGAGGCUCGCUGGCGCCGGGCGCGGGCUCCGGCGACGAGUCUCUGGACGACGUCAACGAGAGCACCAACAGCGUCGAUUCUUGGACGUGACUUUCUGCCGGAGUAGACGGGUGUCCCGCGCCGAAUCAACUCAACAUCGCAAAUGGUCGUAUUAAUUGGUCUUUUUAAUGAAAUUUUGUAUGUUAACGGCUGUUUCUCUGUUAAAGCUCUUGGGAAGGUAUUUAAACUUGUUCGCAAUGUAAAUACAACUUCGCCAAUCAUGUAUCGCUGAGAUGCUGUCGUAAUAGCAUAGACUUAGGUAAGAUUGGUAGUAACAAAACGUGGCCUUAGGUUUUUUACGGACUAGAGGGAAGGCGGCCUAAAACUUUUGUAUUUGAUAUUGAACAUUGUGUAUCGUGCGAGCAUUUUUAUCGCUAUAUCUACCGAAGUCUAUUGUAAAGACCUCUUUUUUAAUUAUUUACCUAGUUUUUUUCUGAAUAAUAAUAAUAUAAAAUUAAUGUAAGUAAACCAUUGAGCAUAAACAUAUUUUACAUAAAUAUUAUAUUUAAUUAUUAACAAUAUUGAUAAUUGUAAAAUUGGCCAUAGGUUGUAACAAGUUAUCAGUUGGUAUGCCAAUUAAACAAUUUUUCAUGAUUUUUAA